AUGUUAUUGGAAGACCGUCUGUCAGUGGCCGCCCGGUGGGACUUCCUGUUGGCAGAGUUAAGUGAGCCCCUGCCUCUGGACGGCAAGACUAUGGUUGCCGCUAAAUUGGAUGACCAACCAUCCCUCCCCGAGGGUCUCAACGUUGGGUACGCGGGCUACGGCACGGACCACUUUGGUGGCUACAUGCGUAGUGAUAUGCACAAAAUGGAAAUGGCGGUACAGCCUGAAGAAGUAUGCAAGUCAGCAUUACCUGAAUAUCGAUCGAAAGAUAUGGUGUGCGUGAAAGGACGCCCGCCGCGGUUUGAUUCUGCUUGCAGUGGCGACAGCGGCAGCGGUCUGGUUGACGAGACUGGUCGCCUGGUCGGUAUUGCAUCUUGGGUACAGAAUGAUGCUCGGUCAUGCUCCAACGGCGCCCUAGUCAUAUUUUCAAGGGUCUCCAGCGCACGCGAAUGGAUCAGACAAGUUACCAAUAUCUAAUGUUACUUUACCAAACAUUUUAUACGUACAUAGAAUUUGUUGUUUAUAGAAUUAGAUCAAUGUUAACAUGUUGACUAGUCAAGUAAUUCUUCCAAAGAAUUUGUUAGGUAGGUAACAUGUGAUAUCCGCAAAUAUUAAAUUUGUAUUUAAAUUACACGUAUUUAAUAUUACCAUGACAAAUUGUUAGGGUAGACUAUUUGUUACUUAGCAUUUUAUGGAAAAUAUAAUUAAGUACAAAGAUACAAUUGAUUAAGCUCCCUUGGUUGUGAUUAAACAGUUAUUUUGAAAGGAAAUUAUACUAUUUAGCAUAAUUGUUGGCAAUGUACCUAUUUUUUUCCAUAGUUUAAAUAAAAAACGUUUAUAUAAUAAUAAUAAUAGGUGAA